UGUAAGUGAUAUAUCAUAUGAGUUGUGUUAGAAAGCAUAUCUUGAAAAGUAAAACAUAUUAUUUAGAAGUGCAUGAUGAUUAAAUGAUUUUAAGUGAAGUAAUAAAAAAUAAAUAAGUAUUAAGCAUAAAAAUAUGUAAAAUGCAAAGUAUGUUGUAUAAUAUAUAUGGGAAACAAGAGUAAUGUGGAAGUCAAAUGAGAAUGAAGAAUUAUGUUCAUUUGGAAUAUAUUAUAAUAAUCGUAUAAAAUGGUUUGAUUCAGAUCAUAAUUCAUUAAACUUAUUGAAAGUACAUUUGUCAGGCAGAGUGUUUUUUGGGAACAUUUCAAUAUUUUAUGAUUCAAAUUAAAUAAUAGGUUAGGGAGCAUCUUCUAAAGUAUGUUUGGUGAAAUGUAAGAAAAGUAUUUCACUUUAUGCAGCAAAAUGUAUUUCUAAGAGAUAUUUGUUAUAAAAGAAAUCAAACGAUAGAAUUGUAUGAAUUAUAUUCUUAAUUUUAAGAAUAGAUUACAAUAAGAGAUUUAAAUAUUAUAAAGAAUAGAGCAUCCAAGUUUUGUUAAAUUAUAUGAAAUUUAUUAAGGAGAGAACUCUUAUUAUAUAGUGACAGAUUAUUUAGAGGGAAAUACAUUGUAUAAUUAUAUUAAGUCAUAUCCAGAUGAUUAAUUGCCUUAAUAUUAAAUAAGAGAAGCUAUUAAAGUAAAUUUAAUUUUUAUUAUUAAUAGAUAAUCAUAACAGCUUUGAAUCAUUUAGACUCUAUGAACAUAAUUCAUAGAGAUAUUAAAUUGGAAAACAUAUUGUUAUAAAAACCAAAUGACAUUACAUCUUUAAAAAUUAUUGAUUUUGGAUUAGCAAUCUAUAAAUAACAACUUUAAAAAUUAAGUGUAUGUGGAACACCUGGAUAUAUUGCACCUGAAAUCUUAAAAAAUACUAAUAAUGAAGAGUAUUUUAGUGAAAAAUGUGAUAUUUUUAGUGCAGGUGUUAUAUUUUACAAAUUGUAAUAAAUAAAUAUAAUAUUCAAUAAAGAUUAACAAAGAAAACCUUAUUUAGAGCAGAAAAUACAACAGAAAUAAUGGAAUAAAAUAAAUAAUGUUAGAUUAAUUUUAAAGAAUUUGAAUUUAAAUUGUAAAAAGAAGCAUUAAGUUUAUUGAAAGGAAUGUUAGAUGCAAAUCCUUAGAGUAGAUAUUCAGCAUAAUAAUGUUUGGAUCAUCCUUAUUUCAGUUGUAAAUUAGAAAAUAUAAAUAUCUUAUAAGAAAUUUUGGAUAAAGCUACAGGAUUUUCAGGAAUAACUUAAAUAAGUAUUAAAUAUAUAAAUAUAUAUAACUUAGUUGAUUAAAAGGAUACACAUUCAAUUGGAUAAGAAUGUUAAGCUGCUUAAAUAAAAAGAUGUAAUCCAACAUCUUAUAAAAUAAGAAUGGAAUAACGUAAGAGAACUAGAAGUCCUAGAAAGUAUGCUGAUUUCUAAUUGUAUAAUCCAUCAUUUUGUUAAAUGAAUUCAUAUGAAAGUUUAAGUAGUAAAGUAUCAUCUCGUAAUAUAUCAUAAAUUGAAAAUCUAAUUAAUGAUAAACUUGAUUCUGUUAUUGAGGAAGAAGAGAAAUAAUAAAUAAAUAUAUGA